UGCAUCUUUCAUUAAUAUUACUAUACCUAUGUGGGUUAUUCAAGCUGAUUUAUGCUAUAUGCUUUAUGAUCAAAUUGGAAACAAAAUUUAUAAACGUGAUUCUGCUAGUGUUACUAUAGGCCUUGAGAAACUUUUAACUCCCAAAAAUGUCCACUUACUUGGCCUAAAAAAGAUCUAA